AUGGCAGCAUUAGAAUCACUAUUAGAACAACAACGUCGUUAUCACGAAGAACGUGAGAGAAUUAUGGAUACAAUGACAAGGGAAAUUUUGAGAAAAAAAGCAACGCAUCGCGAACAAAUUAACUCUGAACAUGUUGUUAAACUUUUAUUAGACCGUUAUACUGACUGUACAUCACAUGUCAGAGACGUGUACGAAGAUAAAGAUGGUACACGAAAAGAAGAAAUCCAGUCAUUGUCAGGUCCAAACGAAUUUGCUGAGUUUUAUUCAAGAUUAAAGACAAUAAAACAGUUUUAUACAAAAAAUCCUACGGAAGAUAUUGCAAUUCCAAUGUCAAUGGAAUAUGAUGAUUUCAUGCGAUCAUUACAAGAAACAGAUGAUGAACCUCUAGCUCUUGUCAAUUUUACAGAUGAAGAAGGUUAUGGACGUUUUCUUGAUUUACAUCAAUGUUACGAAGUUUACCUCAAUAUUAAAGGAAUUGAAAAACUUGAUUAUCUGACAUAUUUACAAACAUUUGAUCGUCUAUAUGACAUACCAAAAGAGCGUAAAUUGCAUGAAUAUAAACAAUAUUUAGAUCAACAUUUAUUUACUUAUUUAUUCGAUUUUUUGAAAAAAAUUAAACCACUGAUCGAUAUUGAUAACGAUUUAGCCAAUGUUAAACAGGAUUUUGAGUUGAAAUAUAAUGAUGGAUUAUUUCCAGGUUGGCCGAAAGAAACUGGUGGUGCUCUAGCAAAAGGUGGAGCAUAUUUAGAUUUAAAUGCAUUUUCAUCUCCAGAAGAACUUGCUUCACUGGGGCUUGAUCGAUUAAAAUCUGCAUUACUAGCACUUGGAAUGAAAUGUGGGGGUACAUUGGAAGAACGUGCAAAACGUUUAUUUGCGGCUAAAGGCAAAUCAUUUGAUGAUAUUGAUCAAUCAUUAUUUAUGAAAGAAACAACUAAAGGAAAACGGGGAACAAAAGAAUCUGAACGUAAUAAAGAAAUAGCCGGUUUAGAAUCACAGAUUUAUCGUUUAGUUGAGUUAUUAAGCGAACAGCGUGCAUCUACCAUUGAAAAUAUUAGACGAAAACAGGCGAGAGCCGGUGAAGAAAAUGAGGAUGAUGAUGAUGCAACAGCGGCGAUCAGUGAUGAUGAAUCAGAUACAGAAGAAGAUGGUCUAGUUUAUAAUCCAAAAAAUUUACCAUUAGGAUGGGAUGGAAAACCUAUUCCCUAUUGGUUAUACAAAUUACAUGGAUUAAAUAUGUAUUAUAAUUGUGAAAUAUGUGGAAAUCAUAAAUAUCGAGGACCAAAAGCAUUUCAAAGACAUUUUGCAGAAUGGCGUCAUGCACAUGGGAUGAGAUGUUUAGGUAUUCCAAACACGGCUCAUUUUGCCAAUAUAGUAUUGAUUGAAGAUGCUAUUGCUCUCUGGAAUAAACUAAAACAUAACAAAGAUGAUGAAAGAUGGAAACCAGAUAUGGAAGUAGGUACAUAUAUUGGAUUAACAUGUUAUGAUAAACGUAUAUUAAUUCGUGGUGAUGAUUUUUUUGAUAUUAAUGCUAUGAUAUUGAAUGCUCUUAAUGAAUUUGAUUUUGAUAAUGUUUAUAAUAUAUAUUGGUGUGCAUUAUUAAUUACAUUAUUACAUGAAAUUUUAAGAUGUCAUAUUACACCUAAUGCAGACAAUAUGCUCCAUUCCCCAGGUUAUUCUUGUCCGGUCCGAACCGGCCGAAAUGAAUUUAAUUUAUGUGUACAAAAUGAUAUUAAAUCAAAUAAACAAAAUAGAAUUGAUAUGCCAUCUAAGCAUAAUUUUCAUGAUAAUAAUGACGAUGAAAAUUGUAUAACAAGAAUAACAAUGGGAAAAUAUUUUCUAUCAGAUCGUGGAAAUACCGUUAUAUCUCAAAAAUAA